AUGGCUGUAUUCUAGUGAAGAGGCGAGAAGCGAAGCAUCAGAUCCUCCCCCCAGCAGCAAAGGAAGAAAGGAAGGGAGAUGUCGUCGUCGUCGUCGUCAGACGAAGAGCGGCGGUGGGUCCCACUAAGGAGUAGACCGGAGUUUUCGGACGUGAUCCCGGUGGAGCAAGACGACGGGCCGAAUCCGGUGGUUCCGAUAACCUACAAGGAAGAGUUCCGAGAGACCAUGGACUACUUCCGAGCCCUGUACAAAGCCGAUGAGCGAUCCCUUCGCGCCCUUCACCUCACUUCCGAAGCCAUCCAAUUCAACCCUGGAAACUACACUGUAUGGCACUUUAGGCGUUUAGUACUUGAGGCACUCAAUCAUGAUUUGCACGAUGAACUUGCUCUGACUGAACACAUUGCUCGAGGAAACUCCAAAAACUAUCAGUUAUGGCAUCAUAGGCGGUGGGUAGCUGAGAAAUUGGGAACUAGUGCUACAACCGAGGAACUUAGGUUCACCAAGAACAUACUCUCCAUUGAUGCUAAACAUUACCAUGCUUGGUCUCAUAGGCAGUGGGUUCUUCAGGCACUUGGAGGGUGGGAAGACGAACUUGACUAUUGUCAGCAGCUCCUUGAAGAAGACAUUUUUAACAAUUCUGCUUGGAAUCAGAGAUAUUUUGUCAUUACAAGAUCACCAUUCCUGGGAGGCCUGAAAGCUAUGAGAGAGUCUGAAGUGUGUUAUACUCUUAAUGGUAUUGUUGCCCGCCCAGAGAAUGAAAGCUCAUGGAGGUACCUUCGAGGGCUUUACAAAGAUGACAAUUCAUCUUGGGUAAACAAUCCUCAAAUUUCUUCAGUAUGCUUGGAGAUUUUAAAUGCCAAAACCAACUGUGUCUUUGCUUUGAGCACACUUUUGGAUCUUAUCUCCCAUGGUUUCCAACCAAGCCAAGAGUUCACAGAUGCUGUGGAUGCUCUACGAAUUUCAGACUCCGAACAAAGAGAUUCUGAUGUGGCAAAAGCUGCUUGUUUUGUCUUGGAAUCUGUCGAUCCAUUUAGAGCUAACUAUUGGCAGUGGUACAAGAACAAGCAUUUCCAAAAUGCUUAAAAUUAAAACAGUAAGUGGAUCAUCUGACUUUUGCGUCAUAGAGUUGUGCUUGCAAAACUGGAGCAGUCAAGUCAUCAUCUGAAGAAAUUUUACCCCAUGUAAAGUCACACAAUUUUAAGCCUAGAGAGUGGGAUUGCCAAACCUUGUUGUAUGGAUACUAAAAUCUUAACUGUUUCUGUGCUAAAAAUCAGUGUUUAUGUUUGGAUAAGAUUUUUCGUAAAAUUGA